AUGGGAUGUGUGUCAAGAAUCGAACCGACAAUAAACAUAAGUCAAGACUUGGUAUUCUUUGGAGACACCCGGAUACACCCGGCAGUGUUUAUCAAGAAACUCAAAAAAUAUAUAGAAACCUUACCAUCAUCAAUGAAUAUUAAAAAUAUCAUCAGUUCGACAAUGAAAGGUGAUGCUGAUAUAUGGUAUCAGCUCAUCGAAGACAAAUACGAUACCUUUGACGAGUUUGAACAACUAUUUAUAUCAAAAUACUGGGGGGAAUAUCAUCAACAGAAGGUAAGGAUAAACCUCAUCAACGGAAAAUAUAACGAGAAAUUUGGCAGUUCCAGGGAAAGAUAUCUCAUGAAAAAAAUCUACAACAUAAAACAUCUGGAACCAAAGUUUACUGAAAACGAAAUGGUAAAAAUGUUGGCUAGACAUUUUGAAGAAGACAUUCAUAAGGUGAUUGUAACACAGCGCAUCUCAACGAUUGAUGGUUUGAUCGAUUACAUAAGAAGUAUCGAUGAUUACCAAACUGGAUGGAAGAAAAAUGAGAAUCGACAAGACAAUCGAAUUCCAAAUGGAAAUGGUCAAGAAAGAAGGCAAAAUGAAUAUAGAAACAAUCAGGAAAGAAGCAACGAUAACAGACAAGAGAACAGGAACCAAAACAACCGUGGCAACAAUACUUAUAGCAAUAGGUUCAACAAAUUUAAUCGAAAGCCUGAAAACCCAAGUCAAAAUACACAAAUACCACAAUCUACAUCAUACAAUAACACGAUAAAAACUCAAGCUAUACAACCACAAAACACAACUACACAAGAGGUAAAUACAGUUCAAACGGUUGCACAAAUCCACUCUGCUGAUGACACAAAUUUUUAA